AUGGCCUCUUUACUCUCUGGCGCGACCAAGACCGCACAUUCCUUGGCGACAUCGCUCCUGAGCGCAGCGGAAGUCAAGGUUGGCUCUACCCUCCCGGUCAAGGUCCCGGUCAAGGAGGAGGCAGCGGACAAGACUUUCACGUUUGAGGGCAUCAAGGGCAAGAACGUCUUCGUCGGUGUCCCCGGUGCGUUCACUGGGACUUGCAGUCAGCAGGUGCCUGAAUAUAUCAAGGCGUACGAGAAGUUCAAGGAGAAAGGCGUGGACAACAUCUAUGUUGUGAUGGUCAACGAUGUCUUCGUUGCCAAAGCUUGGAAGGAGCAGCUCGGCGCAGACUCCCCUGUCCACUUUAUUGCAGACGACCAAGGCGCCUUCACCGGUGCGCUUGGUAUGCUGUUUGACGCGUCCGGAUUCUUGGGAGCCCCCCGCUCGAAGCGCUAUGUUCUAGUCACCGAGGGCGACACCGUUGAUUACGUUACUGUGGAACCUGAGCCCAGUCAGAUUACAACUACUCGGGCGGAGAAGGUCUUGCCGUGGGUUUGA